AUUGUAAUAUCGCGAGAAAUGAAUGAAUUAGUGGCUGCCUGUUGCCCUCAAUUCGUAAGCACUCUUAGGCAGGCCGCCGAAGGGGGCGGGACUAGACGAGCCCAGAGGGCGUGCCUUCCGACCAGGUUUGGUACUGACGUGGAGGAACCAGCGGGGAGCCUCUGAGUGACAGGUAGAGAAGAAGAGAAGCCCAGAAGCAGGUGGAUGCGGAUGCUGAGCUCGAGCCAGGCGCUUCCGGUGAGGAAGAGGGCAGGCAAAUCACCCCUCCUCCUUCUUGAGGUAAUUCAGGGCAUUCAGCAUCUCCCAAAAGUGGCCUUCGGUCAGUUGGAACAAUGUUUACAGACUUGGACUUUGACAUUGAGGAGGAUAAGCUGGGCAUUCCCACUGUGCCUGGGACAGUGACAUUGAAGAAAGACAGCCAGAAUCUGAUUGGUAUCAGCAUAGGGGGAGGAGCCCCGUACUGUCCCUGUCUUUAUAUUGUUCAGGUGUUUGAUAAUACUCCUUCGGGUCUGGAUGGAACUUUGGCAGCAGGGGAUGAAAUCACAGGUGUGAAUGGGAAGUCGGUCAAAGGAAAAACAAAAGUAGAAGUGGCCAAAAUGAUACAGGUGGUGAAGGGAGAAGUGACAAUUCACUACAACAAACUCCAGGCUGACCCAAAGCAGGGCAAGACCUUGGAUAUUGUGCUGAAGAAAGUGAAACACCGCCUGGUGGAGAACAUGAGUUCAGGGACAGCAGAUGCUCUGGGGCUGAGCCGAGCCAUCCUCUGCAAUGAUGGACUGGUAAAGAGACUGGAAGAACUGGAGAGGACUGCAGAACUCUACAAAGGCAUGAUGGAGUAUACAAAAAGUCUUCUCAGAGCAUUCUUUGAACUGUCUCAAACUCACAGAGCAUUUGGGGAUGUUUUCUCAGUCAUUGGUGUACGAGAGCCUCAGCCAGCUGCCAGUGAAGCAUUUGUGAAAUUUGCAGACGCUCAUCGCAGCAUUGAGAAAUUUGGAAUCCGCCUUUUAAAAACCAUGAAACCGAUGCUGACUGAUCUGAACACUUACCUUAACAAAGCCAUUCCUGAUACACGACUAACAAUCAAGAAGUAUUUGGAUGUCAAGUUUGAGUAUUUGUCCUACUGUCUCAAGGUGAAGGAGAUGGAUGAUGAAGAAAACACCUGUAAUGCGCUGGGAGAGCCACUCUACCGGGUCAGCACAGGGAAUUACGAGUACCGCUUAAUCCUGCGCUGCCGCCAGGAGGCACGGACACGCUUUGCUAAGAUGAGGAAAGACGUCCUAGAGAAGAUGGAGCUGCUAGACCAGAAACAUGUGCAAGACAUCGUAUUUCAGCUCCAACGCUUUGUUUCCACAUUCUCCAAGUACUACGAUGACUGCUAUGCUGUUUUGCGAGAUGCGGAUGUCUUCCCCAUUGAAGUGGAUCUGGCACGUACCACUCUGAAUUAUGGCCAGAAAGAUAUCUUCACAGAUGGAGCAGAGGAGGAGGAGGAGGAGGAAGGAGGUGGAUGUGGGGAAGGAAACAGGAAGGAAGAAGAGAAUGGUGAGAAACUCAUUGAUGAUGCAUGAGCCCAUGGACUUGGUGAGGUGGAAGAAUCACCGCAGAGACUUAUUAAUUCUAUUUCUCUAGACACUUUUGUCCACAGUGACUUUUCUAUCUGCAAAAGCCCAGCCAGGGAGAUGAGAAUCUGCUUUGAAUGUGGGCACUUGGGGGUGGUUUGUUCCCCAAGUGCUUGAAAGCAAUCCCACUUCUAAAGCAGCUCAUUCCUUUCAUGUCUGCCUGAAUGAUCUUUUCCCCAUUGCCCAUCUGAAGCUGAGAGGAGGAGUUAACUUCAUGGUAGCACCCUUUCGUCCCCAUCCUAGUGUGGCACCCUGUGCCAAGGGGCCACAGUUUUAGUUUGCAGGACACACACUCCCCUAGCUAUUCCCCUGAUGUUUUAUUUAAUGUGAUCAUCCUUCAUGCCUUCAAGUGUGUUAGCUAGGUUCAGUGGUGAGAUCAUUUCAGGUGUUCAGUUUGUUCCUUCCCCCCCCCCCCCCCCGUUUAAUCCCCACUACUGUUAUUAGGUGGGUAUCAAAGUGUGAGGGUGCCCCAUCCCUCCUCCUGGCCCUGGCCCACCUCAGAUAAGAAGGGAAGCAAGGUAAACGAGCCUUAGAGAUCCUGACUACUAAACAACAACGCUUCACAGGACAUCCAGAGGAUUCCAUCUGGUCUGUAUAAUUACCAUUCACGCAGGAUCAAAUAAGUAUGGAAAGGUGGUAUGGAACUCCGUAAGGGGUUAGCCUGUGCUCCCAAUCUUCGGCGCUUUUUGGUUGCAGAGACUCAUGGUUGGCCUUCACCAAAGCCUUAUACAGUAUUUAACAAGCUAAUAGAUUUGUAAACCUUGCAUAUAGAGAGUAAAAAUGGUGCUUGUGGAGGAGGCUUCAUGUCCCGAGGCUAAUGAUCAAAUAACUCUCAGCAUCCCCACAACUACAUAUUUACUUCUAUUAUUCAUGAAAUGCUGCUCCUGGAAACGGGGAACAUGUUAUGAACCCUAAACAAUGUAUGUACCCCCACAUAAAGCUCUGCAGUACUAAAGGAAAGCAGUUUACACUGGAUUCUUUUAAUUCUCUGGCUCUUUGAGAUUCUAAUGAAAUAGAGUGGGAUUUUGUCUUAAUUAGUAAGCGUGAAGAUAAGGUAUGGAAUUUUUUUAGGUUCGUAUUGACUGCUGGCCAAGAAAAAAGCUGUAUAAGGGGUAUUAUUUAUGACACACCCUCAGUAUCAAUUGCCUCUUUCUGUGUGAAUGGCCAGCAAAAGGCCUUCUGGGUCCAGGGCUUUUUUGUGUCAAGUUGUGUGACUAAUAUUAAAAAAAUGAACUUUC